AUGCUGCUCUGUCUAGGUACUCUGGAUGGGCUCAACUCUCGUGUGUUUGGCAGAUGGCUGUUGACAGACGGAGACCAGAGUGUUAUAGCCUCACAGGCCAUCACCAACCUAGAGACCCACAAUGUAGCAAUGACACCUGGUGCAACUCUCAACUCUCACAAUAUCUCUCACAUACGUGAUGCUGCUCUGUCUAGGUACUCUGGAUGGGCUCAACUCUCGUGUGUUUGGCAGAUGGCUGUUGACAGACGGAGACCAGAGUGUUAUAGCCUCACAGGCCAUCACCAACCUAGAACCCACAAUGUAGCAAUGACACCUGGUGCAACUCUCAACUCUCACAAUAUCUCUCACAUACGUGAUGCUGCUCUGUCUAGAUGGCUGUUGACAGACGGAGACCAGAGUGUUAUAGCCUCACAGGCCAUCACCAACCUAGAGACCCACAAUGUAGCAAUGACACCUGGUGCAACUCUCACAUACGUGAUGCUGCUUUGUCUAGGUACUCUGGAUGGGCUCAACUCUCGUGUGUUUGGCAGAUGGCUGUUGACAGACGGAGACCAGAGUGUUAUAGCCUCACAGGCCAUCACCAACCUAGAGACCCACAAUGUAGCAAUGACACCUGGUGCAACACUCAACUCUCACAAUAUCUCUCACCUCCUCACAGAUGCUGUGUUGCUCUCUGAGAACACAACUUUUGACAAAGUUGUAUUUGGUGGUCCAGUGAGCACCUUGGAGGUACAGAUUGGUGGCAGGAUGAGUCAUCUCCAGGUACCAGCUGAUAUAGUUAUGACUGACUCAGCUGCUGAUCAGCUGAUUACUGGCCACAAGACGGUGCAUGGCAGUGUGUCAUUGGCUGGAGAUCUACUCACCAUCGGUCUUGUGUCAGAUGUCAAUGUUACAGCUUUCUGCCUUGCCCUCCACUCUAACCAGUCUAAACUGGUCAUUUCAGGAAAUGGAAAGUUCAAUAGAGAGCCUGAGGUAUUAACGUCUGUUGAUGGUUUUGAUUGGCAUGAUAUAAUGGAUAAUGUUUGGUUCAAAGAUGAUAAUGUAACUGACCUCCACGAAGUUUCCAUGGAUGAGGUUGAAAUCAGAAACCUAACUGUGGUGGAUAUAAAUAAUAACAAUGUAGAAGAACAACUAUCAAGACUAGUAAGUCUGAGUGCAGAUCAAGUAAUAAAUGGAACUUUCUACUUCCCGAGUGUCCGAGCUGAGAAAGGACUGAAAGCAGAAAAAGCUACAGUGGGAGGAAAUAUUGAAGGAAUACAACUGCCUUUGUUUAUUGAAAAUGUUUUGUUGAAUGGAAUAGAUCAGAAAAUUUGUGGUUAUCUUGAUUUCAACAAACUUGUAAUCAAACAUAACUUAAACAACUCGAUGUUUGUGAACGGACUGAACAUGACGUCAGACCUGAUGCUAGCCAAUGUAGAGUCCAACACAAUGUCUGCAGAGCUGACCCUGGACCAGCUGAUCACCAGACAACUGAGGCUACCAGCUGGAGCUCCACUGGCUGGCGUGGACGUCCUCUCCUGGAGUAGAUCUGCUGUCACCAAGUCUGGCAUCAAACACGUCAUCUCCGGCAACAUCACUGUCACGGGCCAACUAGAUUCUGGCCACGGAAUCAGAGUUAAAGGCUUAGUAAACGGCUUACCUUUUGAUGAAAAAAAUCUUAUGACAUUGAAUGGAGCUCAAGAGACUAAAGGGAAGAAGAGAUUUUCUUCUGAGACACGUCUAACCAUCCAUAAUCUGACAGUAGAGGGAUCAUUUAAUGAUCUCAAUUUUACAGCCUUUUGUGAUGAGCAGGUGACAGCCAGAGGUGAUGUUGAGAAUGUCAGGUCCCAAGCAGUUUACAGCUCCUGUGGUGUCACAGAGGGUGGUUCUACCUCAGAUAUACCACGGUCACAAUCUUACUUGGCUAGAAUACCAACUAUCUGCUCCACUCCCAUGGUCCUCUUACCAACGCCAGCUUGACAGUAUUAUGCAAUCUCAGCAACUAGCUUCACAAUGCCUCGCUGGCAAAGCAUAUUACCUGAAGAACUUGACUAGAGCAAGGGAUGUUGACGGAGACGUGCUGUUUACGCUGCCUCUCAGGAGUGGCAACACAACUGUUC